AUGGCCCACAGCGCGAGCGCCGCGGCCGCCGCCGCCGGCACCCCCGGCGCCCCGAGCGGCGGCUCCGAGGCGGCCCUCGAGGAGGGUGCAAGCGCCGCCGCGCUGUCCUCCUCCGCCUCCGCCUCCUCCUCCUCCGCGGCGGCGGCGGCGGCGGCGCCCUCUUCCUCCGCGGCGGGCCCGGGCUCGGCCAUGGAGACGGGGCUGCUCCCCGGCCACAAGCUGAAAGCCGCUGGCGAGGCCCCCGCCGCGCCGCCCCAGCAGCAGCAGCAGCAGCAGCAGCAGCAGCAGCAGCAGCAGCAGCAGCAGCAGCAGCAGCUCCACCAUGCCCACCACCUCCACCACCACCACCACCACCACCACCACCAUGCCCACCACCUCCACCGCCAGCACGCGCUGCAGCAGCAGCUAAGCCAGUUCCAGCAGCAGCAGCAGCAGCAGCAGCAGCAGCAACAUCCCGUCUCCGGCGGCGGCAGCCUGGGCGGCGCGGGCGGCGGCGCCGCGCAGCCGGGUCCCGACAUGGAGCCGCCGCAACAUGGAGGCGCCAAGGACGGCGGCGCGGGCGGCGCGGCCCGACCCCCGGGCCCGCCGCUGCUGAGCCCGGCGCGCGAGGAGGACGCCGCGCCGCCCAAGAUGGGGGAGCCGGCGGGCGGCCGCUUCGAGCACCCGGGCCUGGGCGCCCUGGGCGCGCCGCCGCCGCCCGCGUCCGUGUCCGCGCCCGUGUCCGCGCCCGCGCCCGGGGGCGGCGGCGGCCCGGCGGCCGUCGCGGAGUUUAAUAAUUACUACGGCGGCGCGGCCCCGGCCGGCGGCGGCCCCAGCGGCCGCGCCGGGCCUUGCUUUGAUCAACAUGGCGGACAACAAAGCCCCGGGAUGGGGGUGAUGCACUCCGCCGCGGCCGCCGCCGGGGCCCCCGGCAGCAUGGACCCCCUGCAGAACUCCCACGAGGGGUACCCCGGCGGCCAGUACAACCACUACCCGGGCUACGGCCGGCCCGGCGCGGGCGGCGGCGGCGGCGGCGGCGGCGGCGGCGGCGGAGGCGGCGGCAGCGGAGGAGGAGGAGGAGGAGGAGGAGGAGGAGGAGGAGGAGGAGCAGGCGCGGGAGCUGUGGCGGCGGCGGCCGCGGCAGCAGCAGGAGGCGGCGGCGGCGGCGGCGGCGGCUAUGGGGGCUCGUCCGCGGGGUACGGGGCGCUGAGCUCCCCCCGGCAGCAGGGCGGCGGCAUGAUGAUGGGCCCCGGGGGCGGCGGGGCCGCCAGCCUCAGCAAGGCGAGCGGCGGCGCGGCCGCGGGGGGCUUCCAGCGCUUCGCCGGGCAGAACCAGCACCCGUCGGGGGCCACGCCGACCCUGAACCAGCUGCUCACGGCGCCCAGCCCCAUGAUGCGCGGCUACGGCGGCGGCUACCCCGACUACAGCGGCCCGGGCGCGCCGCCGCCGGCGCAGCCCCAGCCCCAGCCCCCGGCGGCGGGCGCGGCGGCGGGCGGCCCGGCGGCGGCCGCGGGCUUGGGCUUGGGCAAGGACCUGGGCGCCCCGUACGCCGCGGCCGGCCCGGCCUGGGCGGCCGCGCAACAAAGGAGCCACCCGGCGAUGAGCCCCGGCACCCCCGGCCCGGCGCUGGGCCGCUCGCAGGGCAGCCCGAUGGAUCCCAUGGUGAUGAAGAGGCCCCAGUUGUACGGGAUGGGCAGUAACCCUCAUUCUCAGCCCCAGCAGAGCAGCCCAUACCCAGGAGGCUCCUAUGGGCCCCCGGGCCCGCAGCGGUAUCCGAUCGGCAUCCAGGGCCGGACGCCAGGGGCCAUGGCGGGGAUGCAGUACCCACAGCAGCAGAUGCCACCUCAGUAUGGACAGCAAGGUGUGAGUGGGUACUGCCAGCAGGGCCAGCAGCCCUAUUACAACCAGCAGCCGCAGCCUCCGCACCUCCCUCCGCAGGCGCAGUAUCUGCCCUCCCAGCCCCAGCAGAGGUACCAACCGCAGCAGGACAUGUCUCAGGAAGGCUAUGGAACUAGGUCUCAACCUCCUCUGGCUCCUGGAAAACCAAACCAUGAAGACUUGAACUUAAUGCAGCAAGAAAGACCAUCGAGUUUACCAGUUGAAGUCCUGACCUCGGAGGACACGGCCUUUGGACUCAAGGACCUGUCUGGCUCCAUCGAUGACCUGCCCACGGGAACGGAAGCCACUCUGAGCUCAGCCGUCAGCGCAUCCGGGUCCACGAGCAGCCAGGGGGAUCAGAGCAACCCAGCCCAGUCGCCUUUCUCUCCGCACGCCUCCCCCCACCUCUCCAGCAUCCCUGGCGGCCCUUCGCCUUCUCCUGUGGGCUCGCCUGUAGGAAGCAACCAGUCCCGAUCGGGCCCGAUUUCCCCCGCAAGUAUUCCAGGCAGUCAGAUGCCUCCUCAGCCACCUGGGAGCCAGUCAGAAUCCAGUUCCCAUCCUGCCUUGAGCCAGUCUCCAAUGCCACAGGAAAGAGGUUUUAUGGCAGGCACACAGAGAAACGCUCAGCUGUCUCAGUAUGGACCUCAGCAGACAGGACCAUCCAUGUCGCCUCAUCCUUCUCCCGGAGGCCAGAUGCACCCUGGAAUCAGUAGCUUUCAGCAGAGUAACUCGAGUGGGGCUUACGGUCCACAGAUGAGCCAGUAUGGACCACAAGGUAACUACUCCAGACCCCCAACGUAUAGUGGGGUGCCCAGUGCAAGCUACAGCGGCCCAGGGCCCGGCAUGGGCAUCAAUGCCAACAACCAGAUGCAUGGACAAGGGCCAGGCCAGCCUUGUGGCGCCCUGCCCCUGGGACGCGUGCCCUCUGCGGGGAUGCAGAACAGACCGUUUCCUGGAAAUAUGAGCAGCAUGACCCCCAGCUCUCCCGGCAUGUCUCAGCAGGGAGGGCCAGGAAUGGGGCCGCCGAUGCCCACCGUGAACCGUAAGGCACAGGAGGCAGCCGCUGCAGUGAUGCAGGCCGCUGCAAACUCGGCACAAAGCAGGCAAGGCAGUUUUUCCGGCAUGAAUCCGAGUGGACUUAUGGCUUCCAGCUCUCCCUACAGCCAGCCCAUGAACAACAGCUCUGGGCUGAUGAACACCCAGGCGCCCCCCUACAGCAUGACGCCCAAUAUGGUGAACAGCUCAACAGCAUCUAUGGGUCUUGCAGAUAUGAUGUCUUCUGGUGACUCCAAGCUGUCCGUCCCUCUCAAAGCCGACGGUAAAGAAGAAGGCGCUGCCCAGCCCGAGAGCAAGUCGAAGGAUAGCUACAGCUCUCAGGGUAUUUCUCAGCCCCCAACCCCAGGCAACCUGCCAGUCCCUUCCCCAAUGUCCCCCAGCUCUGCUAGCAUCUCCUCAUUUCAUGGAGAUGAAAGUGAUAGCAUUAGCAGCCCAGGCUGGCCCAAGACUCCAUCAAGCCCUAAGUCCAGCUCAUCCACCACCACUGGCGAAAAGAUCACAAAGGUGUAUGAGCUGGGAAAUGAGCCCGAGAGGAAGCUGUGGGUCGACCGGUACCUCACCUUCAUGGAGGAGAGGGGCUCCCCUGUCUCCAGUCUGCCGGCCGUGGGCAAAAAGCCCCUGGAUCUGUUCCGGCUGUAUGUCUGCGUCAAAGAGAUCGGAGGACUGGCGCAGGUUAAUAAAAACAAGAAGUGGCGUGAGCUGGCCACCAACCUGAACGUUGGCACCUCCAGCAGCGCAGCAAGCUCCCUGAAAAAGCAGUAUAUUCAGUACCUGUUUGCCUUCGAGUGCAAGAUUGAGCGAGGGGAGGAGCCCCCGCCGGAAGUCUUCAGCACCGGGGACACGAAGAAGCAGCCCAAGCUCCAGCCGCCAUCUCCUGCUAACUCAGGAUCCCUGCAAGGGCCACAGACACCCCAGUCAACUGGCAGUAAUUCCAUGGCAGAAGUUCCGGGUGACCUGAAGCCACCUACUCCCGCCUCCACCCCUCACGGACAGACCCCAAUGCCAGGUGGAAGGAGCAGCACAGUCAGUGUGCACGACCCCUUCUCAGAUGCCAGCGACUCAUCGUUCCCAAAGCGCAACUCCAUGACGCCGAGUGCCCCGUACCAGCAGGGCAUGGGCAUGCCGGACGUGAUGGGCAGGAUGCCCUACGAACCCAACAAGGACCCCUUUGGAGGAAUGAGAAAAGUGCCUGGAAGCAGUGAGCCCUUUAUGACGCAAGGACAGAUGCCCACCGGCGGUAUGCAGGACAUGUACAACCAAAGUCCCUCCGGGCCCAUGUCCAGCUUGGGCAUGGGGCAGCGGCAGCAGUUUCCCUAUGGAGCCAGCUAUGAUCGAAGGCAUGAACCUUAUGGGCAGCAGUACCCAGGCCAAGGCCCUCCCUCAGGACAGCCGCCAUAUGGAGGACACCAACCUGGCCUGUACCCACAGCAGCCGAACUACAAACGCCAUAUGGACGGCAUGUAUGGGCCUCCAGCCAAGCGCCACGAGGGAGACAUGUACAACAUGCAGUACGGCAGCCAGCAGCAGGAGCUGUACAACCAGUAUGGCGGCUCCUACUCCGGCCCGGACCGCAGGCCCCUCCAGGGACAGUACCCGUACCCCUACAACAGAGAGAGGAUGCAGGGCCCGGGGCAGAUGCAGCCGCACGGGAUCCCGCCGCAGAUGAUGGGCGGCCCGAUGCAGUCGUCCUCCAGCGAAGGGCCUCAGCAGAGCAUGUGGGCGACACGCAACGAUAUGCCUUACCCCUACCAGAACCGGCAAGGCCCUGGCGGGCCUGCACAGGCCCCUCCCUACCCCGGCAUGAACCGCACGGAUGAUAUGAUGGUACCUGAUCAAAGAAUAAAUCACGAGAGCCAGUGGCCUUCUCACGUCAGCCAACGUCAGCCUUAUAUGUCAUCGUCAGCCUCCAUGCAGCCCAUCACGCGCCCGCCUCAGUCAUCCUACCAGACACCGCCGUCACUGCCAAACCACAUCUCCAGGGCGCCCAGCCCCGCCUCCUUCCAGCGCUCCUUGGAGAGCCGCAUGUCUCCCAGCAAGUCUCCCUUUCUGCCCUCUAUGAAGAUGCAGAAGGUCAUGCCCACCGUCCCCACGUCCCAGGUCGCCGGGCCGCCCACCCAGCCACCCCCCAUCAGGAGGGAGAUCACCUUUCCUCCCGGCUCAGUAGAAGCAUCACAGCCAGUCUUGAAACAAAGGCGGAAGAUUACCUCAAAAGAUAUCGUUACUCCAGAGGCCUGGCGUGUCAUGAUGUCCCUUAAGUCAGGGCUUCUGGCCGAAAGUACGUGGGCUUUGGACACCAUCAAUAUUCUCCUGUACGAUGACAGCACUGUCGCUACUUUCAAUCUCUCCCAGCUGUCUGGAUUUCUCGAACUUUUGGUAGAGUACUUCAGGAAAUGCCUGAUCGACAUUUUUGGAAUUCUUACGGAAUAUGAAGUGGGAGACCCCGGCCACAAAGCACUGGACCACAACGCGGCGGGGAGAGACGGCAGCCAGUCCUCGGCCGAUGACUCCGGGAAAGAGGACGACGAAGCCGAGUGUCUGGAGGACGAGGAGGAGGACGAGGAGGAGGCGGCGGACGGCGAGAAGACGGAGAGCGAGGAGCGGGGCGGCGUGGCUCCGGCCGGCCCCGAUGCCCCCGCAGACCCCCGGGAGAAGCCCAGGCAAGCCAGCAAGUUCGACAAGCUGCCCAUCAAGAUCGUCAGGAAGAACAACCUGUUCGUCGUCGACCGCUCGGACCGGCUGGGCCGCGUGCAGGAGUUCAGCAGCGGGCUCCUGCACUGGCAGCUGGGCGGGGGGGACACCACGGAGCACAUCCAGACUCACUUUGAGAGCAAGAUGGAGAUUCCUCCCCGCAGGCGCCCCCCUCCGCCUCCGAGCUCCGCGGGCAGGAAGCGAGAGCACGAGGGGAAAGGCGACUCCGAAGAGCAGCAGGAGAAGAGCAUCAUCGCCACCAUCGAUGACGUGCUGUCCGCCCGGCCCGGGGCCCUGCCCGAAGACGCCCACCCCGGCACCCAGCCCGAGAGCAGCAAGUUCCCCUUCGGCAUCCAUCAGGCCAAGAGCCACCGGAACAUCAAGCUGCUGGAGGACGAGCCGCGGAGCCGCGACGAGACGCCGCUCUGCACCGUCGCGCACUGGCAGGAUUCUCUGGCCAAGCGCUGCAUCUGUGUGUCCAAUAUCGUCCGUAGCUUGUCUUUUGUGCCUGGGAACGACGCCGAAAUGUCCAAACAUCCAGGCUUGGUGCUGAUCCUGGGGAAGCUGAUUCUUCUCCACCAUGAGCAUCCGGAGAGAAAACGAGCCCCGCAGACCUACGAGAAGGAGGAAGACGAGGACAAAGGGGUGGCCUGCAGCAAAGAUGAGUGGUGGUGGGACUGCCUCGAGGUCUUGCGGGAUAACACGCUGGUCACGUUGGCCAACAUUUCCGGGCAGCUAGACUUGUCUGCGUACACGGAAAGCAUCUGCCUGCCGAUUCUGGAUGGCUUGCUGCACUGGAUGGUGUGCCCCUCCGCGGAGGCGCAAGACCCCUUUCCCACGGUGGGACCCAACUCUGUCCUGUCGCCCCAGAGACUUGUGCUGGAGACCCUCUGUAAACUCAGCAUCCAGGACAAUAAUGUGGACCUGAUCUUGGCCACGCCUCCGUUUAGUCGUCAGGAGAAAUUCUAUGCUACGUUAGUUAGGUACGUUGGGGAUCGCAAAAACCCAGUCUGUCGAGAAAUGUCUAUGGCGCUUUUAUCGAACCUUGCCCAAGGGGACGCGCUGGCAGCCAGGGCCAUAGCGGUGCAGAAGGGAAGCAUUGGAAACUUGAUAAGCUUCCUGGAGGAUGGGGUCACGAUGGCCCAGUAUCAGCAGAGCCAGCAUAACCUCAUGCACGUGCAGCCCCCACCUCUAGAACCACCGAGCGUGGACAUGAUGUGCAGGGCGGCUAAGGCCCUGCUGGCCAUGGCCAGGGUGGACGAGAACCGCUCCGAGUUCCUGCUGCACGAGGGCCGCUUGCUGGAUAUCUCCAUCUCGGCCGUCCUGAACUCUCUGGUUGCGUCUGUCAUCUGUGAUGUACUGUUUCAGAUUGGGCAGUUAUGACAUCAGUGAGAGGCAGCAUGUGUGAGUGAAGACUAGAGGCUCCCGUAUAACUGGCUGUUUUCUGUUCUUGUUUAUCCAGCGUAGGAAGAAGGAAAAGAAAAUCUUUGCUCCUCUGCCCCGUUCACUAUUUACCAAUUGGGAAUUAAAGAAAUAAUUAAUUCGAACAGUUAUGAAAUUAAUAUUUGCUGUCUGUGUGUAUAAGUACAUCUUUUGGGGUUUGUUUUUGUUUUUGUUUUUGUUUUUUAAUUUUUUUAACCAAAGUUGCUGUCUAGUGCAUUCAAAGGUCACUUUUUUGUUUUUCCACAGAUUUUCUUUUUAAUGUUCUUUUCCAUGUUGUAUUGCAUUUUUUUGGGAAGCGAAUUGACUUUAAAGAAAAAAGUUGUGGCAAAAGAUGCUAAGAUGGGAAUAUUCACCUCACGGAGGCAAAAAGGUGAAAAAGUGUCAAUUUCCUAGGCGUGUUCUUCAGAUAACGAAAACUGUGUCCCAUCGCCCAAAGCUCAGUGCAAUAGAAACUUCUAGAAACGUAGGUAUAGGGGCUCCAGGAGGUAUGUCCGUCAGUAGUCAAACUAUGAAAUGAUACUGGUUUCUCCACAGGAAAAAAUGGUUACAUUAGGCUAGGAGCAAAAACAAUGUUUUUUUUAAGUUAAGAUUGAAAACACAAACCUGGCAACGAUCAACGGAAAUUGCUUCCUCACCACAGCCGUCAUGUCUGCUGUCUGUCCUUUGACCUUCCACAUGACAGUUCUUCACAAUUCCUUUAAUCAUUUUUUUAAAUAUUUUUUUUACUGCCUAUGGGCUGUGAUGUAUAUAGAAGUUGUACAUUAAACAUACCCUCAUUUUUUUCUUUUCUUUUUUCUUUUUUUUUUUUUUUUUAGUACAAAGUUUUUAGUUUCUUUUUCAUGAUGUGGUAACUACGAAGUGAUGGUAGAUUUAAAUAAUUUUUUAUUUUUAUUUUAUAUAUUUUUUCAUUAGGGCCAUAUCUCCAAAAAAAAGAAAAAAUACAAAAACAAAAACAAAAAAAAAAAAAAAACAAAAAAAAGAGGGUAAUGUACAAGUUUCUGUAUGUAUAAAGUCAUGCUCUAUUUCGGGAGAGCAGCUGAUCACAAUUUGCUUCAUGAAUCAAGGUGUGGAAAUGGUUGCAUAUGGAUUGAUUUAGAAAAUGGUUAUCAGUACAGACAAAAAAGAAAAAAAUACAACUAAAAGGAAGAAACACAACUUCAAAGAUUUUUCAGUGACAAGAAUCCACAUUUGUAUUUCAAGAUAAUGUAGUUUAAAAAAAAAAAAGAAAAAAACUUGAUGUAAAUUCCUCCUUUUCCUCUGGCUUAAUGAAUAUCAUUUAUUCAGUAUAAAAUCUUUAUAUGUUCCACAUGUUAAGAAUAAAUGUACAUUAAAUCUUGUUAAGCACUGUGACGGGUGUUCUUGAAUACUGUUCUAGUUUCCUCAACGUGGUUUCACAGUAGCCGAGUCACUCACAAGAUGCAGGGGCUCUGCCGCCGGGUACGACCCUGAGCCCUCACGAGGAAGCCCUGGGGUCGGCCGGGAUCUUUCGGGGUUACCUGCUUUCAAGGGGGAGCAACCAUUUGCUUUUCUCAGAUUCCUUAGCCAAUUCGUCUUUGUCCGAAGCAGCCCACUCUACGCACCCGGAGGGAGGGGAGUUCUCGGUGUAUCAGGGAGGUGGCAGCUGUGAGGUCCCCAGAGCUCGCUGGCCUGCAGCGUGACAUUCUGCCUUUGACUAACCCCAUCUUCAUUUUAAUCCAAGUUCAGUCUAGUCCAUGUCUCUCUGUGUGCCUCAGAGCUAUUUUGCAUUAAGUUUCUCCCACCAUGUAUAAUAUCUGUGUUGUGCAAUGUUGAAAAGAACCUGUUCUAUUGUAUGUGGUGUACAUAGUGCAAAGUGAUGAUUUCUAUUGCAGGGCAUAUGAACGGUCUCUUGCAAGAGCCUUCCUGCCCGGUGCCCAGUAGCUUUUCACUACUAGUUGCUUCUAGUCUUUCUUCCUGGAUCAUUGACUGUUCUGGUGUAACGAUCGAGUUCUUUGAAACUGCUGCAGAAUUAAGCUGUGAGUGGACCCCUUCUGACUACCUCUUCACACCACCCCACCAGUCUCGGCACACUCAGCGGCCCCGACGCCCCUCGCCAGCCCUGCCACCGGGCGCGCUUGCGCAUGGCGGUCCACGCGGGCGGCAGAGGAGCACACAGUUCCAAUCCCAGUGUGAAGCGUGACUUGUCAGUGUCACGAGAAAACUUUUUUUCCUGCCAAGCAGACUCAUCACCCACCACCUCCCACAUCACUUAGUCAAACGGUCCUUCUUACAUAACAGUGCAGCCAAAUACAUGUUGAUUUACAAACCCACUUAUAAUUCGACUUACGAUCCAUCUGCUUGCUGAGAACAGAUUUUAGUGCUCCAAGCUUAAGACCACGGAGAUUGGUAAGAGGGAACUCGAUGUUACCCUGAUUUCUUUUCUCUCUCACAGUGUGAAUAAAAGGUGUCAUCCUCUAACACCCCGAUUCUUUUGUCAGUCAAACGAGUACAAUCUUUGCAGAAGACUGGUGGUCACGGGCUCACUUGUAAUGCAUACCUAGAGCUAACCAGUGAGCCACACGUUUCACGUCCCACAUGCAACGUAAUCUCUAAGCUACCCAGGAAGACUAGCGCUCUUCACUCUCACCCCCGUCAAGACUGCAGAAGCCCAGGAAGAACCCCACAGCCUGCCUGAGACCAUCUUACCUACAAACUGAGUUACUGCUUUGUCCUGAAAAUCAGUCGGGUUUUUUUCCUCUGAGGCUUUUCAGAAAUUGACAGGAUGCCCAUACUUUAAACGUGUACAAAAAAAAAAAAAAGAUAAAAAUAAAGGUGCAAAGAAAGUUUAGUAUUUUGGAAUGGUGCUAUAAAGUUGAAUCUGUCGGUAUUUGAGUGAAUUUUUUGAACGUUACGGGAGAGAUGAUUGGGUGGCAUCUGCUCAGAAACAACCUCUCAGGUGUUCUAUUGGAGGCUGAGAAUGAUACAGAACCUGUUCUAACUAGGGGGUGUGACCUGGUCAAACUCCAGCUAAGCUGGGUUUUUGAAGUCACACUAGAGGAUGACACUUUUAAAGGGAGGGGAGCAGUUUCAUGAUCCCUUAUCUUUGUGGCUUUGUGAAAAGAUGGCCUUUGCCCUGAAAUCCAUACGUUUAAAAAUGCUUGGUUACCUUUCAUUUCCCUGCCAGCCACAUCUACCAAUGCCUGUGUCUGUUUACUUAGAAGAAAGCAGAGCAAGUAUAAGUGAGUCAAAACGACAAUCCCAACGACCCAUGUUCUCUUUUCCCGGAGCGCGGAGGGCCAGCUGCCCGAGCUCAGUCUGCCACCCCCGGCUCACCCGAGAAGAGAAAUCCAGAGUCAAAUGUGCUUUUAGAGACACCAGCGAAGGUGUGGGUGUCAGCACGAGCUGCCAGGCU